CAAACAAACACAAACAAAAAGAAGAAGCAUGCGAAACGCGAGCGCGAUGCCUGUUGCUGAAUCACCGUGCGUGCCACGCACACUGCGAUGCGCGCUUUGUUUUGGUUUAGUGCGCGCUCGGAUGCAGCGUAGAAAUGGAGUGUAUUAAUGUAUCUCUCCGUCCCUAUUUCGGCGAAUCACUUGGCACAUCCUCUACAAACUGGUGUUGCGGGGAGCCUGUUCAAGAAAGUUCCUGACGUGGUACCUGGCGGGCGCUGGUCGCUUGCCAAGAAGACGACACUCCUUUCGACCGACGACGGGUCUUUCACGUUUGUUCUUCCUCCCUCGCGCUGUGCCUUCCUUUCGCGUUGGCUCGCUCGAAGAGGAGUGCCUUUACUUCGCUCACUCGCCGUCGUUUAGGCUUUCCGUUUUGCCAUGGGCCAGCAACACAGCGUUUUCACGGAGGAAGAGCUCGACGAUUAUCAGGAGCUGACUUUUUUCACCAAGAGCGAGAUAAUCGUAGCGUACGAAAGGUUCAAGCAGCUGGCACCAGAGGUGGUGUCCAAGGACCGAAACGCCAAGCUGCCGAUGGACAAAAUCCUCAACAUGCCCGAGCUGGGAGUGAACCCCUUCCGAGACCGGAUAUGCAAGGUCUUCUCGUCAAGCAAUGAUGGCCACAUGACGUUUGAGGAUUUCCUGGACAUGAUGUCAGUCUUCAGUGACAAGGCACCACGGAGUGUGAAGACAGAAUAUGCUUUCCAGAUAUUCGACUUCAAUGAGGAUGACAUGAUAUCUACUGAGGACCUGAAGCAAGUCAUUGGCCGACUGACGCAGCGAGGCGGGCAGGUCUUUGCAGACUACGAAGUCAAACAGCUGGUUGAAAAUGUACUCAAGGAAGCCGAUCUGGAUGAAGACAGGCUCCUAGCAUUUGCAGAGUUUGAACACGCCAUCUCAAAAGCACCUGACUUCAUGAACUCCUUCAGGAUCAACUUGUGAAUGGAGUUGUGACCCACACGAGGAGGAGCAACUUGCAGAGCUUACGACAGAGUAUUUCAUCAAACUUCCAAAGAAUGUCUACUGGGGACGUCGCAUUUUCUUGUGGCAUUUAACUUUCAUCGGCACUCCCGAAGUGUUCCUCAUUUGGGCAUUUUCAGCUUUCUUGAUUGUGGAGGCCGGGUCGCUCAUUUUUAGAGCAGAUUCAUUUGUACUUGCAUAGCAUGGGCAAUUCAGUUGCAUGGAAAAAGCACUUGUUCAACCUGGAAGUUGUGAAAACUUUGCUUUUCGCGAUUUUAUUUUGACUGCACGUCAAAGCAGCGGUAGCAGGCAGACCUUACAACUGUUGCAGUUUUUUCAGCUCCCAGUGGUUGAGACAAGUGCUUCUUCAACUGUUGGUGGCAUCAAACUUGUUGAAGUCCGUGUUUGUAGACUUAUCUGAAGUGUGUUGUUGUGUCGUGUAAGGGUAGCAUGCGGGCUAUCUUAGCAAAAGCAGAUUGUUGUCUCAUGUUCGAGCCGGUCUCUGAAUAGAGUGCAGUCUCAGACAAUAACUAAUCUUGUGACACUGCCGUGAGGGCUUGUUAAGACUUUUGUCUUUAAGCACGUUUGGGCACUUGUUUUGAACAUUUUGCAACGCCUACCACAUUGCAUCCAUGGAACCAAUCGGAGAAGGAGCAACCUUCUUUGGAAGCUAUCAUAAAAGACGUGGUGGAAUUUGCUUUCUGUGAAAUUUCCGAUGUAAGGAACACAAGACGUUGCUUUUAUCACGGUACUUUAGAUUUGUGAUGGCAGCCAAAAAUUGAAGCUGGCUAAAGCAGUUUCAUCCUCCAGGCAGGCUAAAUUACAUGUCGGGGUGCCAAGUUUUUACAAAUUUCAAUGCCAUGCCUGCCACGAAGUACGUGCGUGCAAUUGCAAUUAAAUAUGUGCCUUUGUGUGGUCGAACGUUUGAAUCUUCGGCCACAACCAUUGUUCACAGGUUAGCUGCAUUUAUGACUGCUGUUUUCUUUUAAUGCUAGCUUUGGUGUUCCUGGCCAUGAGUUUGUUUUCCUCAUGCCUUAGGGUGACAUUUCGUGGGUGACAACUGGCAUUGCUUGUGGCCUUAAUCAGCAGUCUGUCAAAGUAUAUGCGAUUGUGGCCAUCAUAGCUGUGUCUACGAUUGCCUGUGCAUUUGUUUACUAUAUUGUAUUUGUUAUGUUGUACAAAUCACAUUUAGCAGGCUCUCUGUGAAGUGGUUGUGAUGAUAACACGUUGUUCAUAUGCACUUUUAAAGAGUGUAAAAAAAUUUUGCAUCGUUAACAGCAGGGUAUCUGCAUAUUGAUUGUUACUCAAUUUUUAACCAUAUCUAUAGCGUUUCCAGUGCUCUGCUUCGCUGUUUAUUGACUGUUUUAUAAUGACUGUAUAGUUUGGUGCGGUGUUCUUUUAAAAAAUGCCUUCAUACUUGAACUGUGCUGCAGAGUAUCACAUGAUAUUUCACUUUUCCAGUACAAUCUCAAGCCCACGUAUUUGUGAUAAUGCAUUCGUGCACCAGGAAAAGCAUAUAUUUAAAAGCGUACUACUCGUGUUUCAAGCAUAUUAUAUUAGUUGAGAGUUUCAAGAAUGUGGAAUUUCACAUUUGAUUUUAAUGCAAGUGGCGUCGGUGUGUCUGAGACUGUUUAAAUAAGUUGACCACAGUUGUCUGAAAUCAUUUGUGUAUGUGAGGUAAUAAAAAAAAGUGCCUGUGGUAAAAAAAAAAAUUUGCAUGUAAUGAAAAAAAAUGCACAUAGAAAUCUAUAUUUUCAUUGGUACAGUGUUCGAAGUCGUAGUUUGAAUUUCAUUUUGAAAAUUUAACAGUAUCAUGAAAGGUUCAACUUAAAUUGAUCACAGCUUUGUCUUUCACCAUAACUUACAAGUUAUUGUUGACGCUUGUGAAAACGAUAAUUCAAAUAACCAGCUAUUAUAUUCAGAUGUCUUCUUGAACUGCUGUAAAGAGUGAAGUCUGAAAGGUACGCAAGGUCCAUGAGUACAGAUUUUUGAGUAGUUGGUCUGACACUGAUAAUGGGACUGCAGUAUACGAAAUUGCUUAUGUGUAGAUAGACAGAAAAGGACAGUGCAUUAGUUGUAAGUUUGUGCACCAUCGGCACGGCUUUAUAUAGAGUUGAAAGAUCGCUCAAGCACUAUGGUUCCAGACGUAUGUACAGCCAGGUCACUGUGAAAGUUUUUCGUGAUACAUUCGAGGAUGAAAUUUUUUUCAGCUGUUGAUCGCGACUUUGUUUCACAUACUGUUUGAGUAUUAUGUUAUGCUUAUUUAUUACCAGCAGUUAUGUAGUCUUUUUUUGCCGAUUAUCACUGAAUGGAACACACUGAGGACUUUUGUAUCAUACUACUUCAGUAUUCUCAGAGUGCUUUCUUAGCCAAAGUUUUGACAUGAAUAUGGAAAUUUUUGUGCAUAUUUAAUUUUUGUGUCUUGUGCAUAUAAAAAGCUCUGCCAUCAUCACAUAGUUGAAAUCUAAUCUACUGGACCAGGAAAAGAGAUCUGAAUGUAAAAUGUCAAGCAAGACAAGGAGCUCACAAAGGAGUCAUGCAUGUCAAUUUUACAAUAUGCCUUUUAUCAUGUAUAAUAGACAGGUUAAUAACAACAUCUGCAUCGGGGGAAAAAUCCGACGCAUAAAGGUAAUACGCACAUUCUGAAAGCGACACAUGGUAACUGCCAUAUAUGUAUGUAUGCCCAACAAUAAAGGUACAAUUUUCUUUUCUAA